AUGUCCUGUACGGCUUACCGCAUUGGGCGAGUGAUCAACACUGCCAAUGUCCCCUACGCCAGCCGCCAAGUUCGCGACGCCCUCAUCGUUCUUGUCAAGAACGACAAGGCACAAGCACUGCAACAUUCCGCGAGCGGCCACGUCAAGUACAGACAGACAGUGCCUAUUGAGAGACUUCUCAGCAGCUCACGGAUUGUUGCAGGGCCGUAUUCUGCGUCGAUUUGGCGACGACACGCGGGUCAUUAA